CGGGGCCUGGGCGGAAAGCGGGCCGAUGGGGCCGCCGUCUGGUGUGUUACAUCAGCACCAGCAUUCCAGGUAUUCCAGCGGAUUGGCCGCCUCCCCUCUGCCGCGCGGGCCUGGAUGAGGCGACACUGAACCGAGAGAGGAGGAUGGACGUAGCGCAUGCGCGCAGUGGGGAGGGCGCUGUCCGGAACCAGCGGCCCCUGCCGACUGCUUGGAAAGUGGGGCGCAGAGUCGGAAGUCGCUGGCGACGCAGAUCGCUUGCAGCCUUGAGGUUCGAAGUUUACCCGCAGCUGGCCCCCGGCUUUCUUGGUUUCAACCGCAAGGAGGGUUCGGGGGUACAGAUGUUGAGGAGUUUUCAGUGUUGCCUCCUUUUCAGUACCAGUAUCUCCUCCUGUGCCUUGGAUUCUCUCCAUCAAGAUCCUUCCUCACACCUGUAGCCAGCACACUUUCUCCUACAUCGUUGAGAAUCUUGGGCAGGACUUCAGUGGGACUUCUUAUCCCUGGAGAAUUUCAGCCUUGCCAAUGGACCUUAUUGGCUUUGGUUAUGCAGCCUUUGUGACAUUCGGAAGCAUUUGGGGAUAUAAGCGGAGAGGUGGUAUUCCAUCUUUGAUUGCUGGUCUUUUUCUUGGAGGUUUAGCUGGCUAUGGAGCUUACCGUGUCUCCAAUGACAAGCGAGAUGUAAAACUGUCACUGUUUACAGCUUUCUUUCUGGCCACCAUGAUGGGUGUGAGGUUUAAGAGAUCCAAGAAAAUAAUGCCAGCUGGACUGGUUGCAGGUUUAAGCCUCAUGAUGAUUCUGAGACUUGUCUUACUGAUGCUUUGAGAAUCCGGAGGAACAGAAAACUAAAUUCAUGUCAUUCUGCACUGACAGGCAGAGCAUACUCUUUGAAUU